CCAUCACCAUCUUGUCUCUGUCAAAGGUUAUCUGAUUUUCGUUAAAUGCACGGGAUUUGAAAUAGAAGGAUCAACUGUAUCUUUCAGUGACGUUAACGUAAUUUUUCAAAGUGAUCUAAUGGAUAAACACACAGACCCGAACGCUGCAGAGACGUUUUCUUUGAAGCCCCGUGACUCUGGGUUUAGUGAUUGAAGCGACCGAAGAGCAAAUCUCAAGGAGGAGGAGUGUUUACAUCCUUGUCUUGUGACAUUUCUCAAGGAAUGGUGACGACACAGUUCUUCCCGAGGCUGAGGAUAAGACGAGGACGUCGCUAGGAGUCGAAGAAGGACAUAUUGAAGGAGGAGCGAGAAGUAGGCCGAGGAUAAAAGAUACUUGAUGUGCACCAUUUUGUGAUCUUUGAUUGAAGAAAAUUCUGGAUAAAAGAUUACUUUGAUAUAUUUUGCUGCCUAAAACAAGGCUGUUCAUUACUGGAAUAUUAAAUACACCAUAAUAUUGCUGGAUAUACAGACAUUUAUCCAAGCGAACUGAGUGAGGAACAAAAGCGAACCCAUGUGGAAUUCUCAGAAGACUUGUCAACCUGUCAUCAAGCUCCCAUAGCUGGUAUCCUCGCGCACAGAAGUCCGGUUAGGAAUACCUCAUGUUAAGCCGGUUCAAGACUGCACUUUACAAUGUGGUUGGGAGUUUUGAUCCAGGGGAAAGCAACGUUGGGGCUCUGGGACCAGGGGUGACAUCGACACUCCCUACGGCCUCUGGGGUUUCAAGAAGUGCUAGUCAGUCAAGCAGCUCAAGAGAAAAGGGUCUGCGAUUCCCCUACACACGACCACACUUCCUGCAACUAAAUUCGGAAGAUGAGAUCCAGGUGUCAGCUGACCAUGCCAUUCGGCCAAUCAUCUGUCCCAGGGACAUCAACAGACUGCCCUGGAAGACUGGAUAUGCAGAGACGAUCAAUGCAGGGAAAUCCAAGAAAAAUGAGGACCAGGCCAUGGUGCACACAGGGCUCCUCACGCGUCCCAUAAGGUCGGACUCAUCCAAUAGCCGGUCAUCACCCACACUGUCCAAAGAACAAAGUCUUUCAGUCAGGAACGAGCCUUUUGUCAAUGGCCAUGCAGAGGAGGUAGAGCCCUCAAAAGUAGGAGCAGCACAAGAACACAGAGUUGUCUUAUCACCUCAGGGAGCUUCUACAGAAACUUCCACUAGCAACACAAAGGACAAAAAAGAAAAUUCUAAUAGCAAAGGCUCACAGGAUGCCAAUAAAAGCAACACUAAUGGUGAGGAGAGCAGAAGCACUAACACAGUCAAGCAAGGUGUAGUCUUGCAGCAUCCACUGGCAGAGCCAUCUCCACCCCCAGCACCCGCUAUCACUAGUCAGCCAGACAGCAAGACUUCCAGCAUCCCUCCGUCCACGACCCCACAGCCUCCCCCGGCAUCCUCGGUGUCUCUUCCAUACUUCAUUUUCGGGGUGUUUGAUGGGCAUGCAGGAUGGGGAGCAGCAGUGGCCGCAGCUAAUCAGCUUCACCAUAUCAUUCAUGAAAAGUUAUGUGAUGUUAUUGAUGUUCUCCUGCCUGAUCCUAAUGAGGACAAGAGUUCUAAGUCACAAUCACCACUCUGGCUGCCAGAUAAAGAAAUCACAGUGGAAAAUGUUGUAACUGGUGCACUCGAGUGUGCCUUCUGGGAAAUGGAUAAUGUGAUUGGUGAAGAUCGGCUGAAGUUCCAGUUGCAAGGAGGGUGCACUGCAUGCGUUGCACUCUUCAUCCAUGGCAAACUUUUCUUAGCCAAUGCCGGGGAUUCCCGAGCUGUCAUCUCACGUUCAGAUCAACCUCUACCUAUGUCUCAUGAUUUUACACCGGAGACUGACAAUCAGCGCAUAAGGAAGCUGGGAGCCAUGCAUCCAGAACUGCUGGGAGGAGAGUACACACACCUGGACUUCUUCCAGCGUCCACUACGGCGUGACCUCGGCAGGAGAAUCCUUUAUCGUGACCACUUCAUGAGUGGCUGGACAUACAAGACCAUCACCCCUGAUGACCUCAAAUAUCCACUUGUGUGUGGAGAGGGAAAAAGAAGUCGAGUAUUGGCAACCAUUGGAGUGACCCGUGGCUUUGGGGAUCAUGACCUAAAGGCCCAGUGCUCAUCAUUACCCAUUAAACCAUUCCUUACUCCAGAACCUGAGGUGAGAAUAUUUGACUUAACCACAGCGGACCUGACUGAUGGUGAUGUUCUGAUCCUUGCAACGGAUGGUCUCUGGGAUAUCACCACCAAUGAGAAGGCUGUCUCCAUAGUUACAAAGUCUCUCUCCCAUUUCCCAGCUGAGGAUCAUGAUAAAUAUAAGUACAGAUACACAGGUGCUGCUCAGGAUCUGGUCAUGAGUGCCAGGGGAAAGUUGAAAGAGAGGAACUGGCGCACGAGUGAUGAUAAACAUGCGACCAUUGAUGACAUAUCUGUGUUUGUUAUCCCUCUUCAGCCUUACAAAGAAAUCAGUGAGGAAUGGACUCUUAAAUACAAAGCCAGUGUUGGUGCUAGUCAGAAAACUUAUGAGAUAAAAAACAGAGUUGGUGCGACUAGUAGUGUCUUGAGCCGGCCUGUAGUAAGCAUUCUGAACCCUGUUGAACCUACCGAGGGGCUUGAUCAGUGCUCAGUUGUGCAGACUGAUGAACCUGAAAGCAGUGUGGCUGAACAAAAUGAAAAACCUGCUUCACCUUCAGAGGAGAUUAUUGUGACACCCCCUGUCAGUACAGCAGACCUCAAACCGCAGGAGGACUACUUCAGAGAUGACUCGGUAACAGAAGCACAAACUACAGUGCCAAGUGACAGCACAAAUGCCUCCUAGUGAAGGUCAGCAGGCAUCACAUCCUCAUGUCAUGUUGAAUGUGAGGAACUUUAUAUCUGUUUUGUGAUAUCAAGUUUUAAAGGUACCUUAUUUGCCAGGGAACAUUUUUCAGAUUUUAGUGUAUUAAAAUGGAAAUGUGAAUUUUGUACUUUGUGCAUUUACAAAGAUUUAAAAAAAAGUAAUUGGACUUGCAUAAAGUUACUAAUGAUUAUUUCCAAAAUCAGUAAAGUUCAUUAAUAAAAGUGACACAAAUUGAACUUCAAGUGGUGGGAAGAGAAAAUUUAUAUCAGAAUCUUUAAAAUCAUUGUCAAUUCAUUCCUGACUAUUUACGCUUCACUAUUUGAGUCUCACAGGUAAUGCACACUUCACACACUGUGGAUUUUAGUGAAAACUUUUUCACAUUAUUGUACACAUACCUACUUAAGAUGUUGAAUUUGGAGGUCCCUUGAUAAAAGCUUCAUAUCUUUUUAUUGUAUGAAACCAGUCUGUUAUGUUUCUUCUGAAACACUGGAUCAUUAUCUUUCAGCCUUUUCAUUAUGACUAAGCUGAGAUCUUUUGGAAGUGAAAGGAAAAACUUACCAUGGUAUUCAUGCAAAAAUACAUUCCAUUAUAGAUAUAUUGAUUUAAUGUUACAGUAUAUAUGUGUAGGUUUAUGACAGAUAAUUAUCUUUUUAUCAACCCUGUUUUCAAAAUUUUCUAGAACAGAUUUUUUUCUCUUAUUUCUUCAAAGAUUAUUUUAUGCCAUUGGGCUCUUGUAAUUCCAGUUUAUGCACAGAUAUUUAACUGUGCGAUAGAAAACAUCUCAGUUUUGUCAGUCAGGUAUAUAAUUACAGAGCAUUCCUUUGAAGACACUGAAUACACAAUGCUUGCUUGAUAUUCAGGGUUUGUUAAUUUGAUUUGUAUACGUAUCUUGUAUAAUAAUUAUGUUGUUUGUCAUACCAGUCUGGCCGUAUUAUUGCCAUUUCUCUGUAGAGAGGAAAAAAACUUUAGUUUAUAGUGAUAGAUGUUUAUAUCUAGAUAUUAAUAAGUACAGAAAGAAAAAGACAUAUGAUGAUAACAAAAUGAAAAGGGUAAAAUGCCAGAAAAUACCAAAGUUAUAUUAGAGAUAAUGAAAGGACCUUUUGAAAAUGUUAUAUAAAAGAAAAUUUUGAGAGAAGGUGAAGCACACCUUGGAAAGCAGUGAGAAAGAAGUUAAAAAAUAUAAACUUCACUGUCUGAAGUAAUUAAGCUGAAGAUUCAGUUGAGUUCAGAAGAAACAGAAAAGGAACUUUUAGCUAGGAUGGUUUGAUCAUUCAACCAGUCAAUGAAUAGUAUAUCAAGAGGCCCAAGACUUUUUGCAACACUUAAGAGUAUCCCAUUGUACCUCAGCAAACAUGUGAUAGUUGUGUGUGGAAAUUACCAGAGUUAGAAAUUUAGCUUCUCUGUGAGCCAUCUUUUGGGAGGUAGUAAAGGUCAUCUAUGACAAUUUUUUCAAUAGUGAUUUUUUAGUUAAUUCAUAUUUCCAUUUUUCUAGAAUCUGGAAAACCUAAUGUAUCAUUUAGCAAGUUGAUUUUUCCCCUAAAAGAAUGUAAAAUAGUUAAUCGCGUAUUAUUAACUGUAUGACACUGAAAUGCCAUGAGCAUAAAUGGUGUCUUACUGAAAUGCAUGACACUUACAGGGCAUGCAUUGACUUGGUUCACAUUGUUAUUGUCCUUGUGAGUAGUAUGUAAACCCUUGUCAAGGAGUAGGAUAUGGUACUGGAAUAGAGGCUUUCUGUAUGAUUAUUGUGAAAGUUUAUGAUUUUUUUUUUUUUUUAUUAAAGCACUUGAAUCCUUUGAAGUGCUCCAUUUAGGAUUUAUAGCCAUGUUCUGCCCAAUUCCAUCUCUGAGCUUCUUGGCAGUAUUUUAAAUACUUUCCAUUACCAAAGUAUUGUUAUGAUAUAUAAAGUAUUUAUUAAUAAAUGUACUGAUAGAAUGACUGUGCUCAAAUGAUUUGCUCUUGUGUAGUGUGAACAAAAAACAAAAAAAAGAUGUGAUAAAUUUCAUGAGCCAUGGAAGAAAAAUCAUUAUUUGAGAUUCUUUUUCCUUUCCUUGUUUUUACUCAUUUUUGUGUCAUGGAAAGCAAGGUCCUUAGUGCAGAGAAGCUUGCAGUACAAGCUUUGGAAGUGAAAAUAAUGGUAUUUUACAAGAAAAUUUGACAAAUUCAACUUGUCAUAUUUGUAAGAAUCUGCUGCAGAGCAAAUUGAUCAGAAAAGAAAUUUACAAAUUGGUCUAUUUUUUUAGUCAGUCAGAAACAGUCUGCAUUUGGUCAAAAUUAUUAUUAUUAUGUUUUAUUAUUAUACUACUGUAGAAAUAUACCCUGGAUAAAUGUUCCAGAAGUUGUGCAAUAUAUGGAUCUAGUGUAAAAUUUUGUAAGAGGCUUUUCCUGGAGUUGAGAAGUACAAACUAAUGUGUUACAUAAGAAGGAAGUGAUCGUAAAUUAAUUUUUAAGUUUUGGAUCUCCAUCAGGUAGCUUUCAGGGUUUGUUAAGAGACCAUAAGAAUCACACUAAAGUUUGUGGAAUGCAAUGUACUUUACCUGCCUAUAACAGUAAAUUUCUUGUUCAUAAAAUUGGGAUUGAAGGAUAUUGGAUAUUAUGGCACAAAAACUAAGCUCUUAAGUGGAGGUAUGUUAUCAGAUAUUCAGUGCACUGUUGAGUGAACAGUAUUUUUGUCUUGAAGUAUUUGAUUCCAUUUGCAAUUUAACCAUUCUUUAGUAUAUAUUAUGCUUUAUGUUUUCAGUGCUUUUUGGCUAGCCUGAUUUUUUUUCCCCCUCUGAGUAAGUAAAGGUGCUGUAAUAUGUCUUUCUGCCAAGGAUGAUGCAUGUGGUGCAGGAGAUUGUCAACCCUGUUUUUUUUUUAUGCAAAUAUAAAAGUCAGUGAUACACGUUAAAUGGUCCUGAUAUGAAUGUGUUGUGAAUGAUGUAUUUGCGAAAAGGAGAUUGAAUUGAUACUUCAUAGAUCUUUUUAGCAUAGGUGAAAUUUGGGUUUUAUUUAAACAAAGAAAAUUCAGUUAUUGAAUUACAGAUUUACUAGAUCUAUUGGUGUACAUUUCCCAAUUUCUUGAAAUAUGGAAGUCUUAAAAAAACACAGUGGAGAAAGCUCAACAGCUAAUAACAGAUGGCAAAAAAUAUUUGUGGUAUUUUGCUUAGAAUUCCAUUGAGAUUUCUGUAAGAAUCAUGAAAAUAAUUUUUUAUAACAGUUUUUAAGGAUGUUAUGUAAAAGAAUUUGACAGUUCUGCCC